AGUUGGCGGUCUAGCAAAAAUGAGAGUUUUGCAAUGUGCUUGCCACUUGGCCAUAUUUAUUACUUGGCUGGCCGAAAUCCAAGGAUUUUCGAUGGAGGAAAAGUGCAAGCAUUUGGCUGGAAAAGGUUACAUCGGAGAUCCAAGUGAUUGUCGUGCUUGGGGAUUUUGCCAGGACAACAAACUCAGCGGACGGAGUAACUGCAAUGAGGGAUUGUUAUUCAACUUUCGAGAUGGAACCUGCAGAAAUGUAUCGAAUGCAAAUUGUCAUUCUGAUACUUCAGAGAUUUGUGCAAAACUCCAACCUGAAGAUUAUAUUGCCGAUCCAGCUAACUGUCGUAGAUAUAUCCAGUGCAAGGACAUCGGUGAAAAUUCUUGGAUUGACUGUGGAGAAGGUCAGGUGUUCAGUAAUGAAAUGCAAACCUGUUUGGAGGAGGUGUCCGGUUGCCCACAGGAUAAUAUCUGCUCUUAUAUGAAAGAUGGUUCCUUAGUGGGAAAUCCCAACACCUGCAGGAGUUACUACAAAUGCCAAAAUGGAUUUGGAAUUCAGAUCAACUGCACCGGUGGAAGAUAUUUCAACAGGAAAACUGGUCUAUGUCAAAUCUGGAUGCCAGAUUAUUGCGAUCAGGAUGAGGAUCUUCUUUGGGAAAUGCCACCAUCCCAGGAUUAUCAUAUAUGCAACAAGUAUUAUCAAAUGGAUAGGGAUGGAGCGCAAUUAAUUCCGGAUUUAAUGACCUGCUAUGGUUAUUACAAUUGUACUUCUCAGUUUGAUAAAGGACAAUGGAGCAGUUGUCCUUGGGGAAAGCACUUUGAGUGGUGGAGUGAGAAAUGCGGUUCACCCAAGGAUAAUAGUUGUUCCUACGAUCGCUGCGGCAAUGUGAAUCAGUUUUUGAUGGCCACCAUAAACACGGGUUGUCAGGAGUAUACUAUUUGCCAGGAUAAUCGCUCGAUGAAAUCGGAAAAGUGCCCAACGGAUGUACCUUAUUUCGAUGAGCUUUUGUGGCGCUGCACUAAGGAAUUUCCCAAUUACAGGGUGUGCUUCAUGGAUGGAUAAAAAAAAUAUUUAAAAAAAUUUUUAAUUUUAAAAUUCACAAUAUUGUAAACGCAAAAGUUUGCAGAAAAAGGAAAAUAAAUUUAUAAUA